AACAUAUUCAUGUAAAAAGAAGGGGAAAAUAAAAAACUCAAUGGGAACAGGGUGGUCACAAAAUGAAGCAUCUCACUCUCAGUGUCAUCAAACAAGCAGUGAAGAGAGUAAUAAUCCAAAAAUUCUGCCAGAAACAAACUCUAGUGGCCACAAGGCCAAUACAGAGAAAGCACAGAAAUCCAUUCAUAAAUUGGAUGAGGUCACAAAAGAUGCAGAUGUCACCAUAGAUUACUCCUGCAUGAACCAGCUACUGCCCCAGCUCCAAAAUGGGAUAUUUUUGAACCAAAAGAGACAGAAGUACUGGAUUGACAAGAUGUUAGACAAUUGCUUUAUGGUGUAUGCAAGAAAUCUGUCAAUUACUUGGGGAGAAGAUUGUCGUUACUGGACAUGGAAACAACAGAAAGAUAAAAGUAGUGACGAGCUCAUCGACGUGGCUCGGCUUAUCCAAGUGUGCUGGCUAGAGGUAAAUGGAAAAUUUGACACAAGAAAGCUGUCACCUGCAACUUUGUAUGAAGUAGCAUUUGUGGUAAUGUUGGAUGAUUGUGCUUGUGGUUGGAGUUGUCCUGUCAACGUUGGGUUGUGUCUCCCAAAUGGAAGCAAGCAAGAACGCAACGAAGAUAUGAUCAAAUUGCCAAGAAACCAAUGGACUGAGAUCACAGCAGGCAAAUUUAAAACAUCCACUGAUCAAUUUGGGGAGAUCCAAUUCUUCAUGCAUAAUUAUGAUUCGGCCUGGAAAAGCGGGCUAUCUAUCAAAGGAGUUUUGAUACAGACAUCCAAAUUGUACUGAUGAUGGCCAACUGUUUUAUUCUCUGAAACAAAAAUGUCGUAGGAUAACUAAUAAUAAUCUUAUUAUGUAUGGUUGGAAACAAAAUAUUGGAAAACUACUUUAUUUUCAGUAUCAAUAUGAUAAAAACUUAAUGUAAUAUUGUCACGCUUACACCCAAAUAAGAUAGUCAUUUGAGGGCAUUGUAAAUUUCCUAUGAUGGGGAAAGUGGAAAGGAAAGAUAGUAAUGAAGUUAAAAGAAAUUUGAGAGAA